AUGAAUCUUUUGAAAUUGAUUGGAACAAAUGUGUUUCAAUUUGUAUCUAGUGAUGGAGCAAGAGCCCUUUCUGGAAAAAACAGUGGUUUAAUUGCCAGGUUGAAAACUUUAAUACCAAAUGCAAACUGGGUGCAUUAUUUUUUACUUAGGCAAGCUUUGGCAGCUAAAGAAAUGCCAGAUGACUUGCGACAAGUUUUGGCUGAGGCUAUCAAAGUAGUUAACUACAUCAAGAGUCGCCCAUUGCAGAGUAGAUUACUUAAAAACUUGUGUGAAGAAGUAGGAGCCCUGCACAAACAUUUGCUAUUCCACACCGAAGUGAGAUGGCUGCCCCGGGGCAACGUGUUGAGUAGACUGUUUUCAUUGAAAUCAGAACUGUUCCUUUUUUUAAUGGGCAGUAAACCUGAACUUUCCCGUUUUUUCAGAGAUGAAAAAUGGUUGAUAAAGAUUGCUUACUUAGCUUACUACAAGGACCAGACACAAUUAUUAUGUAUGCUCAAGACCAAGUAA